AUGAAGAACCCUAAAAAGGAAAUCGAAUUUUCCAAAAAAGGAAAAAAACUAGGUUAUAAGAAAACUUCCAAAUAUAUAAAUUUUCUACACGAGUUUGUGCAAUGGUAUAGAAUGGAAAAAGUAGUUGGACCGAUUUGGGUGCCUACAUACUGUUCAAUAAUAUUCUUUUUACUUUUAUUAUUUCUCUUCAACAUGCUAAUGGGCGUGACGACAUUAAUUUUGAGCUCAAAAUAUAUUGAAUGCAGAAUUCCGUAUGAAUAUAAAAGUCAAACAUAUACGAAAUAUUCUAUAAUUAAAGUAACGCCAAAGCAUUGUAAGGGGAAUGAAAAUAUAAAAGAACUUAAGGGGAAAAUAAAUAUCCAUUAUGAAAUUCAAGGUGUUCAACAGAAUCAUUAUCGAUUCAUAACAAGUUUUAAAAAAGAACAACUAAAGGGAAAUAUAUUUUUGCAAAAAAAAUAUCUCAAUGAAUGUUACCCUUUAAUUACAUAUGACCAAAAUGGAGUAAAUAAAAUAUUACACCCAUGUGGAAUAUUACACUGGAAUGUUUUUACGGAUAGUUAUCUUUUUUAUGAUAAAGAACCUGAUGAUGCUCCUUUUCCUAGUCCUUUACCUUUAAAAGAAAAACCCGAAGAUAUCACAAUAAAAUAUUAUAGAAAAUAUUUUAAAAAUCCAUCUCUCAACGUUAUUAAUUCGUAUAAAAAAUAUAUCUACUUUUGGAUGGAUGAAGAAAUUCAAUCACAAACAUUAAAAGAACAUGAUGAAACAAACGAAAAGCUAGUUAUUUUACCACAAACUUUAAAAUAUAAAACAGCAGGAAAAGCAAUAGAAAAUAGUCAUUUCAUAAAUUGGGUUAUCCCCUCUGCUUUUAAUUAUGUUAAACGUUUAUAUGCAAAAAUUGAUGGUCCCCUAGUUUUCCCUUUUUAUAUUUACAUUGAAAAUAAUUUUAAAAUUAGCUACACCAAAAUAAUUGUCAUUUCGAAUUCAGAUUUUUACCUUAGCACAACAUUGAUAGGAAUAAUUUUUAUUAUUAUCGCCAUUUUUGCUUUACUACUGUCGGUUCUUCAUUUCAUAAGGAUGAAGAAAUGCCAUUUUAAGUAA